CAAGGUAGCAUGGCCGUCCGCAAAACGGUUGAGAACGUUCUGCAAGAAAUUGGCCUCUAUGCACUUCUAGGAAACUUUGUUGGUCAGAAGAUCGAGUUUGAUUCGUUGACUCAUUUGUCAGACACUGAACUCGGUCGGCUCGGUGUCACGACAAUUGGGGACAGAGUCAGAUUGCGAGAGAAAGUUCGCGAGGUGGGGCAGCUACAAGACAACUCAGUGAGCAGGUUCGGCGAAGGCAUAAGAGGCAUAGCAGUACCUAGUGGAAGCGUUGAGCGGCAUUUAUUAUUUGCCAAUCGUACAGGGAGAAACUCAAGAAAAAGAGUAAAAUCUGAAGGCAAACAUCGGCCAUGGACUGUAACAUUUGUGUGUUUGACUGAUAAAAACUGUUCAAAAGUCCCAACAGCUGAAGUAAAAGAGAUGUUGUUAAAAGCAGGGCUUGGAUUUAAGAAGAUACAGUUUACUUCUGAAGACAAUUUGAUGGAAAAGGUGUGCUCAGAUGACAAGGAUGAAAAUAAUGAGUGUGUUGGGUUCCCUCAGCUUAAACACAGUGGUGGCUUUGAGUUGCUAAGAUGUCAAGCAAACAGCCGCGAACUGACUGCCAUAGAUUGCCCUUGGACAGUUAAAGGCUUGAAAAAAUUUAUUGGUUCUCAGACAAAAAUAUACAUUCGGCCUAUUCAACAGAACUUGUCAACAGAACCCAUCAGAGCUGAGACCGUAGAAGCUGACAUCAGAGAAGCAUGUAGAAACUGUGGUCUCAUGAUCCCAGUUCAGUGUUUAAGGUCGCACUGCCUGGAGGGUUGUCAAGACAUGCAGACACAGCAUGAAGUAACAGCUAACAGCCCGUCAGAAACGCACCUGUAUACUUCACAGGGAAAUUCAGAUGAAGAACUUCCUGAAAUUGCUUCAGAAAUAAUUCAUCAACAGUUUGCUGUGCACAGUGUGUCAAGUUUUAAAUAA